AUGACAGGUACUGGUUCUCCUUGUGGAGCUUGCAAAUUCCUGAGAAGGAAAUGUGUUAGGGGUUGUGUUUUUGCUCCAUAUUUCUGCCAUGAACAGGGAGCUACCCAUUUCUCUGCCAUUCAUAAGGUUUUCGGGGCAAGCAAUGUAUCGAAGCUGCUUGCUCACCUCCCAGUGAAUGAUCGUUGUGAAGCGGCAGUCACAAUCUCAUAUGAAGCUCAGGCUAGGCUUCGAGAUCCUAUUUAUGGCUGUGUUUCACAUAUUUUUGCUCUCCAACAGCAGGUUGUCAAUCUACAAACUCAACUAGCAUCUCUAAAGGAAUUACAAGCAACUCAAAGCUUUCUCAGUGGCUCUGGCAGUGCAAACCCUAAUCACGAAAAAUAUCAUGGAAACCCUUAUGAUCACUCGCAAGAUUUCCAAAGUUGGUUUCAGUCAGAAAUUACCAACAUGAUGCCACAAUUCAGUACAAACAAUAUCACCAAUAAUGCCUCAGCAAUUCCAUACAACGAGAAUGUGUCCGUGGAGAACUCUUUUGGGAACUAUGGAAGCUCAAUCAUCCCCGAGCUGGAAAAUGCCUCAUAUGCUUGCUAUCAUGAAGAGGCUUCUCAUUCCAUGUCUUCUCUUGACUUGCACAAAAGCAACAUGCAAUGGACUCUCCAAGACACUGAUCACGACCUUGAUAAUCAGUCACUCGGCUUUGGCUAUAUUUAG